AUUUCAGAGCAAAGAUAAACCCUGUAAGGAGGCAAACGAUGAACGACGUCAAGAAGGAGAGGAUGAGCGGCCAAGCCGACAACGAAGACGAGGAAGGGGAGGUCUUCCUCGACGAUGAAGACAUCAUUCAGGAAAUCCCUAUUGAUGAAGAAGAUCUUCCUGAUGUCGAAGAUGAAGCUGGGUCGGACGCCGAUGACGUUGAGGAGCCUGAUGAUUCCAUGCACUUGUUCACUGGCCAUACUGGUGAACUGUACACGGUUGCAUGCAGUCCAACAGAUGCAAAGCUUGUGGCAACAGGAGGCGGAGAUGACAGGGGCUUCAUGUGGAAGAUUGGUGAAGGAGAUAUGGCUUUAGAACUGCAGGGGCAUAAGGAUUCUGUUUCGAGUUUAGCAUUUAGUGCUGAUGGGCAGUUGCUGGCCUCAGGAAGCCUUGAUGGACUUAUUAAAAUCUGGGACGUAUCCUCAGGAAGUCUUAAGUGCACACUUGAAGGUCCUGGAGGAGUCGUCGAGUGGGUCAGGUGGCAUCCUAGAGGACAUUUGAUAUUGGCAGGUUCAGAGGAUUCCACUGUUUGGAUGUGGAAUGCUGAUAAAGGUGCUUAUCUUAAUAUAUUUUCCGGUCAUGGAAGCAGUGUGACAUGUGGUGAUUUUACUCCUGAUGGUAAGACCAUCUGUACCGGUUCUGAUGAUGCAUCGCUGAGGAUAUGGAACCCUAAAAGUGGUGAAAAUAUCCACGUUGUUAGAGGUCACCCAUAUCAUACUGAUGGAUUGACUUGCUUGACUAUAACCUCUGAUUCAACUCUUGCAAUCACUGGGUCAAAGGAUAGCUCUGUACACAUAGUAAACAUAGCAACUGGGAAGGUGAUUAGUUCUCUUCUUACUCACACAGAUUCCAUUGAGUGUGUUGGUCUAUCACAAAGCUUCCAUUGGGCCGCAACAGGAGGCAUGGAUCAGAAGCUCAUCAUUUGGGACUUACAGCAUAUGUCUCCACGCUGCUCAUGCGACCAUGAGGAAGGUGUGGCAUGCUUGUUAUGGCUUGGCACGUCCCGAUACAUAGCUUCUGGUUGCGUUGAUGGUAAAGUACGAGUGUGGGACAGUCUCUCUGGGGACUGUAUGCAAACAUUCAGCGGGCAUUCUGACGCCAUUCAAUCUUUGGCUGUCUCUGCCAAUGGAGAGUUUCUUGUUUCUGUCUCAGUAGAUAAUACCGCUCGAGUAUUUGAAAUUGCUGAAUUUCAGUAGGUACAGUUUUGUGUUAUCA